GAGUUGAUGCUUGACCUUUCGCAACGUUUUCCAGCGAUUUUUUCAAGCGCAUUUUGACCUUCAGACGGCUCCAUCCUUGUAUUCAGUCAUUCUCAGAUCGAUAGCUUCUUAGUGUAAACGGUUCCUACGGCAUUUUUUCCCAUCUUCUCGGCCAUUCGGCAGUACAGCUGCACCAAGAGUGCAAUGGCAGCAGACAAUUCAGGAGCAGAGCUCGAGGCUGAGAGAACAAACGAACAGCAAGAGACAAUAGAAAAGAAAAGCAAUGCUGCUCGUCGAAAGUCCAAGUCGAAAGGGAUAGCACCAGAGGAGCUGAUAACGAAUGAGAAGAAAGAGAUCCCCAAUACAAGCUCGACAGAUAAAAAGCAGGCUGCUGCAUCAAAAAAGUAUGAUCGUGCAGGAAUAACCACCAUUUCCUUGAAAGGCGUGGGGGAUAAGAAGCUGAAAGGGAAGCUCAAGAGGUCGGAGAAAGCGGCGCGCGAGGCAGCGUACAAAGCUGCUCAAGCUGAAGUACUGCUUCCAGCUGAGGCUGGAUUUUUGGAAGCAGAGGGUCUGGAGAAAACAUGGAAGUUCACACAGAAUCAGCUCAAGGACAACUUGGAUGCAAAUACCAGUAAGAACGUUUUUGACCUCAAGCUGAAAGAUUUUGGCCCGUACACGAUGGACUACACUCGGAAUGGACGACAUAUGCUGAUUGGGGGACGGAAAGGGCAUAUCGCUACAUUUGACUGGAAGACGGGAAAGCUCGGCUGCGAACUUCAUGUCAAAGAAACCAUCCGUGAUGUGAAAUGGCUACAUAAUGAAACGAUGUUUGCUGUGGCACAGAAAAAGUACACGUAUAUCUACGACAACACUGGUUUGGAAAUUCACUGCUUGAGACAACAUACUGAGAUAAAUAAGCUGGAAUUCCUACCGUACCAUUUCCUCCUGGUUACCGUGGGCAACGCCGGAUGGCUAAAGUAUCAAGAUACAUCUACCGGCAAACUCGUUGCAGAGCUUCGUACAAAGUUGGGACGGUGCGAUACAAUGUCCCAAAACCCGUAUAAUGCCGUCGUACAUCUCGGUCACUCUAACGGGACGGUUACAUUGUGGGCCCCCACGGUGUCGACCCCCUUAGUGAAAAUGCUAUGUCACAAAGGGCCUGUGCAGGGAAUUGCGCUUGAUCGAGGAGGAAACUAUAUGGCCACUACUGGAUUAGAUGGCCAAAUGAAGCUUUGGGAUAUCCGCACGUAUAAAUGUCUUCAAUCGUACUACACUCGAACUCCUGCUGCCACAUUGUCGAUAUCACAACAGGGACUCUUGGCGGUUGGAUACGGACCGAACAUUAGCAUUUGGAAAAAUGCUUUCAAAACAAAGCAGAAGGAACCAUAUAUGACUCACUUAAGCGCCGGCAAUAUUGUACAAGAUAUUAAUUUCUGUCCUUACGAGGAUGUCCUCGGAUUUGGUCACAGCAGUGGCAUAUCUAGCAUUGUUGUUCCCGGAUCUGGUGAACCGAACUUUGAUACUAUGGAAGCCAAUCCCUUCCAGACGAAAAAGCAGAGACAAGAAACCGAAGUUCAUAACCUACUCGAUAAGGUUCAGCCUGAGAUGAUUGCCCUAAACCCAGAGUUUAUCGGUGCUGUUGAUCGGGCACCGGCGGAAGUCAUUGCGGAGGAGAGGAGGCUGGAAUGGGAGGCAAAUCACCCCAACCAAAAGUUUGUCCCCCAGCACCGUGCUCGAGGAAAGUCCUCCUCUAUGCGACGAUACUUGCGCAAACAAUCGAAUGUCCUGGAUGCAAAGAAGGUCGAGAUGCAAGAGCGUCUCGAAAAGGAAAGAAGAGAGCGUGAGAAGGAGCGCAAGCGUGCGCGUGGGGAGGGAGAGCCAGAAAUACCUCGGACGGCUCUAGAUAGAUUCACAAAGAAGAUAAAAGUCUGAAGGUGUAUUGGUCAUUAUUUAAUUUUCAUUAGCGAGUUUUUAA